UUUGAAGGUUUUUGUGGGAGAUUAUCCGACUUAAAUUUAUGUGUUUCUAAUACAAUGAAAAAUGAUUUGCUUAAACGAUGGAAUAUAAAUUCAACUGUUUUGUAUGACAGACCUCCAAGUUGGUUUUUCAGAUCAAUAGCAUCAGAAAAAUGCGAAUUUUUAAACAAGUUUUUGGCCGAAAAAGAAUCAAAACUUCAAAAUUUAUUCUUUACUGAAUCACCCGAGGGAGCGAUAACACUACGUGAGGAUCGUCCAUUAAUUAUGGUCUCUAGCACAAGUUGGACACCCGACGAAGAUUUUUCAAUUUUACUUACAGCCUUGAUUGGUUACGAUGAAUAUUCCCAAAGUGAUAAGGGUCACUUAUUGCCCAAACUUCUUGUAAUUAUAAGUGGUAAGGGGCCACAGAAACAACUUUAUUUGGAGAAGAUUAGCACCAUUCGAUGGCACAACGUUUUUAUUUUGACUGACUGGUUAGAGGCUGAGGAUUAUCCCAAGGUUGUGGAUAUGUUCGGAUCAAAACUGCCAGUUUUGGCUAAACGCUUUCCUGCUAUCCCCGAAUUGGUAAAGGAUGGAGUAAAUGGAAUACUCUUUGAUAAGGCUGAAGAAUUGGAACUAGCAAUAAUAAGAAUUUCAGAAAAGUUUCCUAAAAAUGAGGUACUUAAUGAAUUAAAAAGCAAUGUAGGAAAGGACUUUAAAUGUUGGGAGGAAAAUUGGGAAGAGAUUGUUUGGCCAUUGUUAAAUGAUUAG